AGAGGUCAUCCCAUCAUUAGGUCCACCUCGUCGUCUUCGUCGUGCUUGGUCUCUCUCUCAAACUAGUUCUGGAUUGACAACGGCGUGUACAUCAGACGCUGUCAAGCCGACUAAAAAAUCUACUUACGACCAAACCCACAUCACCUCGUUCCCCACUCUUUACACGAGGCACGACGGAAAUAGACGAAAAAGAGAGGAAGAGCUAGGGAUCAUAAGAUUCUCUCGAGCUCUGACCUUCUCCCCCACAAAACUAUAGACGUGGAACGUAGUUGUUGACCGCCUUACUGGGUCACUGAUCUACCUACACAUAAUCGCCAGGACCGUUCUGGCCCCCUAAUACCGGAGAGCUAGUCAAACAAGGAGCCUCUUUCUCUCAUCAUGGCUUCGUUCUUCUCUUCCUCAUCCUCGCAACCCUCCACUCGACCCCUGGUGCUUCAGCACGCUACCACCCGUCUCUCGAUCCCCAUCCCUUCGUCUUCCGAAGCAUGGAUCGCGGCCGAGGUCAUUCGUGAAGAAUUUUACCACUCGAUCGAAGGCGAUGCCGACCUGGUCGAGAUUGUCACUCAGGAAUUCGACGACGAAGGCAAUCCCGUCCAAGCCGUCGCUACCACCGAACCUCAGGUCAAGCUGAUCAGCAAGUUUUUGGCCUUUGUCAACGACAAGGUCGUCAGUUCGGGCAAACCUAGCAAGACGGACGCCAGCCAGAUCCUCUUGUCCUCGUUCGAGGCUUUCAACAGGUCGUUCCUCGCCAACCAGGCCGUGCACUCGCUCGUCCAGGGUUACGAUGUCGACAUCCGCGCCAAGGUGCUCGCCGCCUACUACAAGGCGUUUUCGACCCUCCGAGCCGUUUACGGUGCGAACGAGGUCGAGCUGGUACAGACUAGCGCACUCUUCAAGGCUGCCGCUGAGGGUCAGGCUGAGCUCUACGCCUUGUUUGGAGGACAAGGUAUCAACGAGGUCUACUUUGACGAGCUUUACUCAUUGUACGACAUCUACAAGCCCUUCGUCGAGCCCUUCUUGGCUUCCGCCACCAAGUACCUCGAUGCUCUGGCCACCAAGUCUCAGGCGGCCGGACACGCCUACUACGCCCACGGCCUCGACGUCAUCUCGUGGUUGAACGGAUCGACCGCUCGACCCCCUGUCGAAUAUCUCGCAUCGAUCCCCGUCUCGAUGCCCUUGAUCGGUCUCACCCAGUUGGUGCAGUACCUGAUCAGCUGCAAGGUCUCGGACCUCACUCCUGGUGAGAUGAGGAGCAGGUUCAGGGGUGCUACCGGGCACUCGCAAGGUAUCGUCGCUGCCGUCGCGGUAGCUAGUUCGGACUCGUUCGACUCGUUCGACGUCAACGCCCUCAAGGCGCUCAGGCAGCUCUUCUACCUCGGUCUGCGAGGACAAGACUUUUUCCCCCUCCUCGCACUCGAGCCCAAGCUCGUCGAAGACGCUGAAGAGAACGGCGAGGGCGUCCCGACCAACAUGAUGAUCGUCAACGGGAUGCGUCUCACCGACCUCGAGAACCAGGUCGCCAAGACCAACAAGCAUCUCCCUGAAAACUCGCAAAUCUACGUAUCCCUGCACAAUGGACCUAGGAACUAUGUCGUUACCGGUCCUGCCAAGGCGCUUUACGGAUUCGGCUGUGCUCUUCGAUCGGUCAAGGCUCCCGCCGGGCUCGACCAGAGCAAGGUUCCCUUCAGCAAGCGAAAGAUGGUCUUUACCAACAGGUUCAUGCCCAUCAACGUCCCUUACCACAGCCCUUACUUGCAAGGCGCUACGCAAAAGUUGGUCGAGGAGGAUCUUCAGGGAGAAGAGUUGUGGCAGGCGAGCGAGAUCAAGCUCGGACUUUAUCACACCGAGUCUGGCGAGAACCUCCAGAACCUCUCGACUUCCAUCACCGCCUCGCUGUGCGACCAGAUCUUCACCGCGCCUAUCCACUGGCAAAAGGCGACCGACUUCCCUCAGACUGCUACCCAUGCGGUCGACUUUGGUCCAGGCCGACUCUCCGGAGCCGGUUCCAUCACCGCCCGAGCUUUGGAGGGUCGAGGUGUCCGGGUCAUCAUCAUUGGUGACAAGGGCAAGAACGGUGCCGAGAUCUACUCGACCGGUUCUGUCAAGACCGAAAAGAGGUGGUCGGACAAGUUUACGCCCAAGCUGGUCAAGACGACCGAUGGCAAGCUUCACAUCGACACGCCUUUCUCGAGAUUGCUCGGAAAGCCUCCUAUCAUGGUCGCUGGUAUGACCCCUUGUACCGUGCCCGCCGGCAUGGUCUCGGCCACCCUCAACGCCGGUUACCAUAUCGAGUUGGCCGGAGGUGCCCACUACAACCCCAAGGCGCUCCGUGCCAAGGUCGCCGAGAUUCAGAGCCAGAUCGAACCUGGUGUCGGAAUCACUUUGAACGCCUUGUACAUCAACCAGAGGCAAUUCACCUUCCAGUACCCUCUCUGGCAAGAGAUGAGGAGGGAAGGUCUUCCCAUCGAAGGUUUCUGUGUCGCUGCCGGUAUCCCUACAUCUGAGAAGGCUACCGAGAUCAUUAGCAACCUCAAGUCGGCGGGAAUCAAGCACAUUGCCUUCAAGCCCGGUUCGGUGGAAGGUAUUCGACAGGUCGUCAACAUCGCCGCAGCCAAUCCCGACUACCCCAUCAUCCUUCAAUGGACCGGUGGACGUGCCGGAGGUCAUCACAGCUGUGAGGACAUGCAUCAGCCCAUCCUCGCUACCUACAGCUCGAUCAGGCAGCACGCCAACAUCUCUUUGGUUGCCGGAUCCGGAUUCGGUGGUGCCGACGACGUCUGGCCUUACCUCUCGGGAGACUGGUCGGUCAAGAUGUUCAACACCCAGCCCAUGCCUUACGACGGAGCUCUCUUUGCUAGUCGAAUGAUGGUCGCCAAGGAAGCUCACACCAGUGCCUCGGUCAAGCAGUUGAUCGUUGAUGCCCCCGGUGUUGAUGAUGACAAGUGGGAGGGAACUUACGACAGGCCCACCGGUGGUAUCCUUACCGUUCGAUCCGAGUUGGGAGAACCCAUCCACAAGAUUGCCAACCGCGCCGUCAAGCUCUGGAGAGAAUUCGAUGACACCGUCUUCGCCUUGCCCAAGGAGAAGCGAGGUGCUUGGUUGGCCGGCAAGAAGGCCUAUGUUAUCGACAAGCUCAACAAGGACUUCAACAAGCCUUGGUUCGGCGAAAAGGCCGAUGGAACCGUCGUCGACGACCUCGCCAAGAUGACUUACGAGGAGAUCACUCGACGAAUGAUUCGUCUGAUGUACGUCGCCAAGCAGAGUCGAUGGAUUGACGUCUCUCUCCGAAACCUCACCGGAGACUGGCUCCGCCGAGUCGAAGAGAGGUUCGCCGGUGUCGAGGGCUCCAAGUCCAAGGAAUCCAUCAUCCAGUCGUUCUCGGACCUCGAAAAGCCGUUCGAGACCAUCGAGGCCUUCUUCAACGCCUACCCGCGCGCCAAGACCCAGCUCGUUGCGGCUGAAGACAAGGCGUACUUUAUGAACAUCUCGCAGAGGCCCGGACAGAAGCCCGUCCCCUUCAUCCCCAUCCUCGACAACAGCUUCGAGGUCUGGUUCAAGAAGGACUCGCUCUGGGCCGCCGAGGACAUUGACGCCGUCUUUGACCAAGACCCCCAGCGAGUUUGUAUCUUGCAAGGUCCGAUCGCUGUCAAGUACUCGACCAAGGUCGACGAACCCGUCAAGGAGAUUCUUGGCAACGUCGAGUCCAAGCUCAUCGAGUACUUGCUCGAGCGAUACUACGGAGGCAACGAGGCCGACGUCCCUGUCGUCGAGUACAUCGGAGCUGAGCCUUCCUCCGCUCCCGCCAACUUGCCAGGCGUCAACGCUGUCGAGAACGAUGGCGAGCGAACUUACACCGUCGGCUCCGCCUUGCCUUCGCUCUCCGCCUGGUUGCAGACCUUGGCUGGUCCCGAACCCAGCUGGUUGCGAGCCGCCUUGACCUGCGUCAACGUUAUCCAAGGGACUUCGUACAUUAGCAACCCCUUCAAGCGUCUCUUUGCGCCUCGUCAGCAGCAAAAGGUCGUCAUCGCUCAGUCGAACGGCAAGCCCUCAUCGGUUACCGUCUACGGUGCUGCUCGUUCGUUCGGUGCUCACCCUAGCGACUUCAAAGCUUUGGAGAUGGCUUUCGACGCUUCGACCAAGAGCAUCAAGCUGACCAUGUUCGAAGAGCGAUCUGGUUCUAGCUUGCCUUUGACCUUCAACUUCACCUACCGACCUGACCAAGGUUUCGCACCCAUCCACGAGGUUGUGGACGGCCGCAACCGAGCCAUCAAGGAGUUUUACUGGAAGCUCUGGUUCGGUGAUGACCAGGUCAUGCCCUCUCUAGAUCUUACCGCUAACCUCACCUGUGGAGAGACUGUUAUCGACGUCGAGACCGUCGAGAGGUUCUGCACUGUCGUUGGCAACGCUGGAGAGACUUUCAAGCAGCGACGAAGCGAGAAGGUGCAAGCUCCCAUGGACUUUGCCAUUGUCACCGGUUGGCAGUCGAUUAUGAAGGCCAUUUUCCCCGAUGCCAUCGAUGGCGAUCUCCUCAAGCUUGUUCAUCUUUCCAACGGAUUCCGCAUGGUCGAUGGUGCUACCCCCCUGACCGUCGGUGACAAGUGCAGUGCCGAAGCUCGAGUCGUCUCUGUCGUCAACAGCGACAGCGGCAAAACCGUCAAGGUCAAGGGACACGUCAUGCGAGAUGGAAAACCCGUCGUUGAGGUCUCUUCCGCCUUCUUGUACCGUGGCCGGUUCACCGACUACCAGAACACGUUUGAGAUCGUCGAUGAGGCCGACUACGAGGUCUCGCUCGACACUGACCUCAAGGUCGGCGUUCUCAAGGCCAAGGACUGGUUCCAGUGGGACGACGAUUCGGUACCUCUUGAAAAGGGCGUCACUCUCACUUUCAAGGUCAAGUCCGAAGUUCACUACCAGGACAAGACUACCUACCGAAAGGCCAUCGUGCAAGGGGCCGCUUACGUUCGUGAUCGGACCAAGGCGUUGGUACAGGUCGCUACUGUCGACUACGAAGGUGGUCGCUCUAUCGGAAACCCAGUUGUCGAAUACCUCAAGAGGCAGGGCCAACCCACCGGCCUUGCUGUUCCUCUCGAGACUGGCGGUUACGCCUUGAUCACCGACUUGGCUACAUCUACGUACACCACUCCUAAGACCAACGAGCCCUACUCGAAGAUCUCGGGCGACUACAACCCUAUCCAUAUCAACCCUUACUUCUCCGACUUUGCGGUGUUGCCCGGUACCAUCACUCACGGGAUGUGGUCGAGCGCUGCUACCCGAAGUUACGUUGAGACCGUUGCCGCUCAGAACCACCCCGAACGAGUCGUAUCGUACAAUGUCGGCUUCGUUGGCAUGGUGUUGCCUGGCGACGACCUCUCGGUCAAGCUGACCCACGUCGCGAUGAACAAUGGUCGCAAGGUCAUCAAGGUCGAGACGAUCAACCAACGUGGCGAAAAGGUCAUUGAAGGUCAGGCCGAGGUCGAGCAGCCGCCUACUGCCUACGUCUUUACUGGACAGGGAUCUCAAGAGGUCGGCAUGGGAAUGGAGCUGUACGCCAACUCCCCGACCGCUCGUGCCGUUUGGGAUGCCGCCGACGCCCACUUGGGAUCGGUCUACGGCUUCUCUAUCGUCGACAUCGUUAAGAACAACCCCAAGGAAUUGACGAUUCACUUUGGCGGAAUCAAGGGUCAAGCCAUUCGUCAACGAUACAUGGACUUGACGUACGACACUGUCGACGAGGACGGUCAGCUCAAGACUUUGCCCCUCUUCGGAGACAUCGACCUCUACACAACCAGCUACACCUUCUCGCACCCUCAAGGUCUGCUGUUUGCCACUCAAUACACCCAGAUCGCUCUCGUUGUGACCGAGAAGGCCGCUUUCGAUGACAUGAGGGCUAAGGGUUUGGUCGCUCAGGACGCUGCCUUUGCCGGUCACUCGCUCGGAGAAUACUCUGCUUUGGCCGCCAUCGCCGACGUGUUGCCAAUCUCGAGUUUGGCCGACGUCGUCUUCUUCCGAGGUAUCACCAUGCAACGCGCUGUGCAGCGAGAUGCUGAAGGGAAGAGUCAGUAUGCCAUGAUGGCCGUCAACCCGUCCAGGGUUUCGAAGACCUUCAACGAGGGUGCCUUGAGGGAGAUUGUCGAUGCCGUCAGCAAGCAGAAGAACUGUCUCGUCCAGAUUGUCAACCUGAACGUUGCCAACCAGCAAUACGUCUGUGCUGGAGAGCUGCGCGGUCUCAUGACCUUGACCAACGUGCUCAACUUGCUCAAGGUUCAGAAGAUCGAUCUCGUCAAAUUGGCCGAGAUGAUGACCCUCGAGGAAGUCCGCGAACAGCUCAAGGAGAUCAUCGACGGUUGUUGGGACAUGACCAUGGAAAAGGAGAAGGAAACCGGAUCUAUCGUUCUCGAGCGAGGAUUCGCUACCAUCCCGCUUCCCGGAAUCGACGUGCCCUUCCACUCCCGAUACCUAUGGCCCGGUGUCUUGUCGUUCCGCAACUACCUUUCCAAGAAAAUUGACGCCAACAGCCUCAACCCCGACCGACUCAUCGGCAAGUACAUCCCCAACUUGAUCGCCGAGCCCUUCGAAGUCAGCCGCGAGUACGCCCAAAAGAUCUAUGAUCAGACACAAUCGCCCCGCCUGAACAAGAUCUUCAAGGCUUGGGAGACUGACAACUGGGACUCGCAAGAGAACCGACAGCGUCUCGCUUACAAUAUUCUGGUCGAGCUGUUGGCUUACCAGUUCGCUUCUCCGGUGCGAUGGAUUGAAACUCAAGACCGACUCUUCAGCGAGUUCAAGUUUGAGAGGCUCGUCGAAGUCGGACCUUCUCCUACUCUGACCGGAAUGGCUUCGCGAACCCUCAAGGCAAAGUACGAAGCUCAGGACGUGUCUUCGACCGUUCGCAGGACCAUCCUGUGUCACGCCAAGAACACGAAGGAAGUCUACUACCUGUUCGAGGACGAGGUAGCUGAAGCCCCUACCACUGAGGCACCUGCAGCUGCUGCCGCUCCUGUUGCCGCUGCCGCGCCUGUGGCUGCUGCGCCCGUAGCGGCUCCUUCCGGUGUCGCUGCCGCUGAGGUCGCAGAUGCCCCUCUCAAGGCUGUUGAUUCUCUCAGAAUCAUCAUCGCCCAGAAGUUGAAGAAGAGCGUCGCCGAUAUUCCCCUCAGCAAGACUAUCAAGGAUCUCGUCGGUGGAAAAUCCACCCUGCAGAACGAAAUUCUCGGAGACUUGCAGACCGAGUUCGCUUCGGCCCCCGAGAAGGGUGAAGAGUUGCCUUUGGAUGAACUCGGUGCCGCCUUGAACGUCGGUUACUCUGGCUCCCUCGGAAAGCACACCAGCGGAUUGGUUUCCCGAAUGAUCGGAGGAAAGAUGCCAGGUGGUUUCAACAUCUCCACUGCUCGAGGUCACAUCAACAAGACUUGGGGACUCGGACCGCUGAGGACCGAUGCUGCUCUCUUGCACGGUAUCACCAUGGAACCGCCCAAACGUCUGGGGUCCGAACCUGAAGCUAAGGCUUGGCUCGACUCUGUCGUUGCCGCUUAUGCUCAGCAAGCCGGCGUUACCCUCUCUUCUGGAGGAGGUGGUGGCGGCGGUGGAGCUGCUAGCGGUGGAGCCGUGAUCAACAGCGAAGAAUUCACCAAGUUCCAAGCUGAACAGAACGAGUUCACCUCGCGUCAGAUUGACCUCCUUAUGCGUCACUUGAAGCGAGAUGUCCGGGCUGGCGAGAGGCUAUAUGACGAGGAGAAGGCCAACUCUGCUGCACUGCAAGAACGUUUGGACGCCAUCGCCCGUGAGCAUGGCGACAAGUACGUCAACGGAAUCCAACCCAUCUUUGAGCCGCUCAAGGCUCGUCACUUCGAUUCGUCUUGGAACUGGGUGCGACAGGAUGCGUUGAUCAUGUGGUACGAUAUCAUCUUCGGCCGACUUACCGCGGUCGACCGUGAAAUCACCAGCAAGAGUAUCGCCAUCAUGAACCGAGCCGAUCCUACUCUGCUUGACUACAUGCAGUACCAUAUCGACCACUGUGACGAAUCGAAGGGAGAGACCUAUCGAUUGGCAAAGGAGCUCGGUCAACAGCUGUUGGACAACUGUCGAGAGGCGCUCAAAGAGAACCCUCUCUACAAGGAUGUUACUUUCCCUACCGCACCUUCCACCACCAUCUCUGCCAAGGGAGACAUCAUCUACGCUGAAGUCGUUAGGGAGAACGUUCGCAAGCUCGAGCAAUACGUGCAUGAAAUGGCUGCUGGUGGAAAGAUCACCAGUGCUCUGAACUUGGACAAGGUACAGGCCGACGUAGCCAAGCUUUGGCGCCUCGUCAACAGCCAGCCUGCCAUCUCGAAGAGUCAGAAGUCGGCCAUCCGAUCGCUGUAUGGGGAAGUCCUUCAAUCGCUCGGUCGAUCGGCAGAACCUCGCGGACCGUCCGGCGUCAGGAGUCGUCGAUCGUCAUCGCAGUUCUUGCGACCCAACGUUGCUGAACCCAGCGUCGUUCAGGCGGCCAAGUUGCCCUUCCUUCAUCUCAAGCGCAAGGUCGGAUCCAGCUGGUCUUACAGCCAGAAGUUGACCAACAUCUACCUGGACGUCUUGACUGAGAUUGCUACUUCCGGUACCUCCUUCGCCAAGAAGGCUGCUCUUAUGACCGGCGUCGGCAAGGGUAGUAUCGGAUGCGAGAUCGUCAAGGGUCUCUUGGCCGGAGGUGCCACUUGUGUCAUCACUACCUCGCGAUACAGCAGGGCUGCGGUAGACUACUACAAGACCAUCUUCCACCAAUUCGGAUCGAGGGGUUCCAAGCUCAUCGUCGUGCCUUACAACGGUGGUUCCAAACAGGAUACCGAGGCUUUGAUCGAGUACAUCUACUCGACCUUGGGCUUGGAUUUGGAUUACAUCAUUCCUUUCGCGGCUCUUCCCGAGAACGGUCGGGAAAUCGACAACAUCGACGAUGUGUCUGAACUCGCGCAUCGACUCAUGUUGACCAACUUGCUGCGUUUGAUGGGAGCGGUCAAGAGCAAGAAGGCUAGCAGGAACAUCGUCACCCGGCCCACACAGGUCGUCUUGCCCCUUUCACCCAACCACGGUCUCUUCGGAAACGACGGUCUCUACUCGGAAUCCAAGAUUGCCCUCGAAACCUUGUUCAACAGGUGGUCGUCCGAAAGCUGGGGUGAAUACCUCUGUAUCGCUGGAGCUGUUAUCGGUUGGACUCGAGGUACCGGUUUGAUGAGCGCUACCAACUUCGUUGCUGAAGGCAUCGAGAAGCUCGGUGUUAGGACCUUUUCGGCCAAGGAGAUGGCCUUUAACAUUCUCGGUCUCAUGCACCCUCUUCUGUUCAACAUCACCCAGAUCGAGCCCAUCUGGGCCGACUUGAACGGAGGUAUGGACAGGCUAUCUGAUCUGGCUGAGGUUACCACCAAGAUCCGUACCGACCUCAACGCCCAGGCUGGUCUCCGACGAGCCAUCACGAUGGAGAACUCACAAGACUUCAAGGUCAUCAAUGGUGUCGAUGCUGAGCGUCUGCAUCAGAAGAUCUCUAUUGCUCCUCGAGCCAACUUCCAAUUCGACUUCCCUUCAUUGGAUAAGUCGGACAACUUGGAGCAGCUUUCACACUUGCAGGGUCUCAUCGACCUGGAGAAGGUUGUCGUCGUCACCGGUUUCGCUGAAGUCGGACCUUGGGGAAGCUCGCGAACCCGAUGGGAGAUGGAGGCCAAGGGAGAGUUUACGAUCGAAGGUUGCAUCGAGAUGGCCUGGAUGAUGGGUUUCAUCAAGCACUUUGACGGUCGUCUUAAGGACGGCAAGACAUGGGUUGGCUGGGUUGACGCCAAGUCCGGCGAUCCUGUCGACGACAAGGACAUCCAAGCCAAGUACGAGAAGGAGAUUCUCGCUCACACUGGUAUCAGGAUCAUCGAGCCCGACCUCUUCUUCGGAUACAACCCCGAGAAGAAGGUCUUCUACCAGGAAGUCGAGUUGACUCACGAUCUGGAGGCUCUCGAAAUCUCGAAAGAGGAUGCCGAGCGAUUCAAGCGAGAGCAGGGGGAAAAGUGCGACACCUGGGCUCAGGCUUCGGGAGAAUGGUUCGUGAAAUUCAAGCGAGGUGCUCGGGUCAUGAUCCCCAAGGCGAUCCGAUUCGACCGAGUCGUCGCCGGACAGAUCCCGACCGGAUGGAACGCCGCACGAUAUGGUAUCCCCGACGACAUUAUCGCUCAGACCGAUCGAACAGCUCUCUGGGCAUUGAUUUGCACUAUGGAAGCUUUGAUCAUGUCGGGAGUGACCGACCCUUACGAGCUGUAUAAGCACAUCCACCCGUCGGAGGUCGGUACAAGUUUGGGAAGUGGUAUGGGAGGUAUGCGAAGUUUGAGCGCCAUGUUCAAGGAUCGCCGCGAGGAGAAGGACGUGCAAAAGGAUAUCUUGCAGGAAACCUUCAUCAAUACCGUUGCCGGUUGGGUCAACUUGCUGUUGCUGUCGAGCAGCGGACCGGUCAAGAUCCCUGUCGGAGCUUGUGCUACCGCUUUGCAGUCAGUCGAGAUUGCCUGCGACACCAUUCUUUCUGGAAAGGCCAAGGUCAUGAUCGCCGGAGGAUUCGACGACUUUAGCGAAGAAGGAUCGUUCGAAUUCGCCAACAUGAAGGCAACUGCCAACUCCGAGACCGAGUUCGCCAUGGGCCGAGAGCCCAACGAGUUCUCGCGUCCUAUGACCACGACUCGAUCCGGAUUCAUGGAGUCUCAGGGUUGUGGUGUUCACGUUCUCAUGAAUGCCAAAACCGCCAUCGAGAUGGGUGCUACCAUUCAAGGUAUCGUUGCUUACGUUUCCACCCACACCGACAAGGCUGGAAGGUCGAUUCCUGCACCCGGUCGAGGUGUUCUCAGUACCGCUCGAGAAAUCGUCACCAAGGAGCCCUUGCCUCUGCUGGACAUCAAGUACCGAGCCCGACAGCUGGCGUUCCGACGCAAGCAGAUCUCCCAAUGGUUCGAGAAUGAGCACGAAGUCCUCCGUGAGGAGAUCGAGUACAGGAAGCAGAGCGGUCUUGCGACCGAUGACUCUUUCAUGCAGACUCGGUUAUCCUUCAUCGAGGAUGAGGCCAAGAGGCAGGAGCAUGAUGCCAUGGCCACUUUCGGUAUGCUGGAAGGCAAGGACUCGCGCGUUGCUCCGCUCCGCCGAGCUUUGGCCGUCUGGGGUCUCAAGGCCGACGAUAUUGGUGUCGUCAGUUGUCACGGAACAUCGACCAAGGCCAACGACAAGAACGAGAGCGGGGUGUACAACCUCCAGUUCGAACAACUCGGCCGCACUCCUGGUAACGCUGUUCCGGUUAUCUCUCAGAAGUACCUGACGGGACAUCCUAAGGGAGGAGCUGCAGCUUGGCAGUUCAACGGCAUGAUGCAAGUCUUGCAAAGCGCUCUCAUUCCGGGUAACGCCAACGCCGACAACAUUGCCGAAGAACUCCGCGCCUUCCCCCACUUGUUCUACCCAUCCAAGCCUAUCCAACACGUCCAGCUCGAGGUUGGUCUCAUCACCAGUUUCGGUUUCGGACAGGUCGGAGGUCAGAUUGCGGUGGUCCACCCGCGAUACCUCUUCGCUUCAUUGCGGCCUGACCAGUACAACGCCUACGUUGCCGCUCGUGGUGAUCGACAGUUGGAGGCCUACUCUCGAAUGUCUUCUGCCAUGACCCACAACAACCUGGUCCAGAUCAAGGAGGGACCACCUUAUACCCCCGAGCUCGAAGCCAAGGUGUUGCUCAACCCCUUGGCUCGUGCAUCCGCCAGCAAGGACUCUUAUGCCUUUGGGCCGAAGAUGCCUCAAGGUCCGGCUUUGGCCCUUGGCAACCUGGACGUGAUGGGCGACGUGCUCAACCAAGCAUCGGGUGUUCACGGUGUCGGCGUCGAUACCGAGUUGAUCUCCAGCGUUCCUACGUCGGAGACGUUCAGGCAGCGAAACUUCACCGAAGCCGAGAUUGCAUACUGUAACGGCGCUCCUGACUCGGACGCUUCGUUCGCGGGUCGAUGGGCUGCUAAGGAGGCAGUGUUCAAGGCUUUGGGUGUGCCCAGCAAGGGUGCGGGUGCGAGCAUGAAGGACAUCGAGAUCCAGAACACCGAUUCCGGCCCAACCGUAAACUUUACCGGCGACGCUCAGAGCGCUGCUGCCGGCAAGACGGUGAAAGUCUCCAUCUCGCACUCUGACUCUACUGUCGUUGCCUUCGCGGUCACUCAGUAAUCGACCGAUCUCAUGACGACAUAAUCAUACAGACAUCUCUUCUGUUCUCUCUUCGCAUAUGACGAUCAACUUUUGGGCUAUGGUAUUUCCUUGACUUGAUGUAGUAUUACGAUUUCACGCUAGACGAGCCUCACGAAAGGCCUUUAUAUAUCACGAUGCGAACAAUGCAUAGAUUGAUUUCCACCGAAGAUUGGGCGGC